AUGGAGCCAAAGAAGAUUACAUCCAUUGGCGACCUCUUGAUCUCUCCUCCGGAGCAGGCACCUUAUGAGAGCUUCUCAGGCAUUCCACGGUCACCAAAGACGAACGUGCCACUGGCCAGCGUGGCCGUCGUGGCGAAGCCGGCCCAGGAUACACCACAGCAGCCCUUUUCCCCUCCCAUCUCGCCAUUGACGAACUUCACCAACCAUGUCAACACACCUGCUACUUCUGCUACCUCUGUACCUUCUACUGCUGCUGCGCACGAUACCAAGGAUCCCAUCUUGUACCCAGAGGAGCAGCCCACAAGCCCGAGGGUGCCUUUGUUCGAGCGCAGGCUGAGCCCCGAGGCACAGAAUGCCGUCAGCAAGCACAUGGCAGCCAGGGAGGUCGCGCCGCUACCUUCUGGAGUUAGACCACCGCAUCGACAGGACUACGAGCUCUUCCUCUGCUUCCGAGAGACCGUCUACAAGAGCUUCUUUGCCGAGUCGCCAGCUGGCCGGAGGAGAUGGCUGAACCGGGAGAAGGCACAGCUGAUUGAGGAUGCAAAGGCCCGCAACAAGGCAAAGAAGAUUAAGGCCCAAAAGCAAUCAGCGAUCCGUCCCAGAAUCAAGGCGAAGCCGAUGUCUGCGUCAUCAUCAUCGUCACCCAUGACAACAAUCAGCACGUCUCCCAUCGCUACCACCAGGGACACCAUUGUCGCAAAGACAGCAGGUGUGAUGAAGGCAGCACUUGGUCCCCGUGGGUCGACCAAAGUGACUAAGUCCACCCCAUCAUCGUCGUCACGUCCUGCCCGCGUCAAACCAGUCAAGGCACCAAAGCGCCUUGCCAGUGCCUCUCCGCAGCCCGAAAAGAAGAAGAUGCAGAAGGAGGACAAGGAUUUCGCUUCUCUGCCGGACUACUGCCCUCCUCUGUCUACCUUGACGGCCGACAACGUCAUGAGCACCCCGCCUGCCAGCAAUGCCCGCGAUUUCGACGACGAGGACAAGGCCCUGCUGCACCUGCUGCACCCCGACGAGCUGCAGGUGGCGUCGAACCUGAGGCUGGACGCCGCCACCUACCUCACCAGCAAGCGUCGCAUCUUCCUCGAGAAACUGCACUUUUACCACGCCAAGAGGACCUACCGCAAGACCCACGCCCAGACGGCCUGCCGCAUCGACGUGAACAAGGCAUCCAAGCUCCACACCGCCUUUGCCAGUGUUGGCUGGCUGGACGACAAGUGGUUUGAGAACCUUCCCAAGCCCACAGUCUACAACUAA